AAGCGAAUAGUUUUUAUGCAAUCAUACAAAGUUCUGUGUGCAUGUUUGCCAAAGCUAUUUACUUUCUGUAAAUAAAAUAAACUAUACCCUUACUUGAUUAAAAUUGGAUACUCUGUAAAGUUUGGUUCGAUUUCAAGGGUGGGCUUAAUCUCUCAGUUGAAUGUUAUGGCGAGCCCAAGUUUUGGGAACUUUGGCCCAUUAAUUGGUGUGAUCUACGUGAACAGCACGUACUGUCGUUUCCUUAUUUAUUCCACGAAAAAUGCGGAAGUCUUAACUUUUCACGAGGUGAAACUACGGCAAAUUGUCCACAAUGCAGGUUGGCUAGAGUACGAUCCUGAAGAAAUAUGGAAAAAUACACAAGAAUGCAUCGAGACUGCCUACAAAAACAUAAUUAUUUUGGAAAUAAAUCCUUAUGAUUUAAUAGCUAUUGGAAUCUGUAGUCAACGGGGGACGACGAUUUUAUGGGACAAAGAGACUGGCGGCUCUUUAUACAAUGCUCUUGGUUGGAGCGAUUGUCGGACUUCUCCACUUUUGAAAACAAUGCUUGGAAAUGUCAAUUAUGAUGUGAAUUAUUUGCGUCACAAGUCUGGACUACCCUUAAGUACGUGCUUUAGUGCUUUAAAGAUUAAGUGGCUGCAAGAAAAUGUGGCUGCUGUUUCCACAGCUAUGGAAAAGGGUACGUGUCUCUUCGGCACACUUGAUUCAUGGAUUUUAUGGAAUCUCACUGGCUCCAAUAUAAGUGGUGUGCACUCAACAGAUGUUACCAACGCAGGAUACACAAGUCUAAUGAAUGUUCACACAUUACAGUGGGACGUAAAGCUAUGCAAUUUUUUUCGUAUUCCCUUGCAAAUACUGCCGCGUAUACGCUCUAACUCUGAGCUAUAUGGUUAUGUCAUUGGGGGUGCAUUGAACGGUCUUCCUAUAGCAGCGUGCAUUGGUGAACAAUCAGCUGCUUUGUUGGGGCAACUACAAACAAAAGUGGGCCAAAAUGUUUGCAUUAUCGAUGACAGCUGUUUCGUACUGUUAAAUACUGGCGAAGAACUGAUCGAAUCUUCUCAUGGUUUGCUGUCUUUGGCGGCCUACAAAUUGGGCCCAAAAGUACCUGCUUUUUAUUCUUUGGAAGGUGCUAUUUCCAAUGCUGGUGCUACGGUUAAUUGGCUUAAAAAGGGUUUACGUAUAAGCACUGAAAUCAACUCUAAUGACAAUGUUGUAGAAGUGCUUAACACAUUUCUCGGAGAAAGUUCCAUGAUCUCGUCUUCUUGUUCGUCCGGAAUGUUAAAUGCAGAAUGCGGUUUAGCAGCAAAGCGUUCAGAAAUAACUUUUGUGCCUGCUUUUCAUGGAUUAUAUGCGCCAUAUUGGCGUUACGAUGCUCGUGGAAUCCUGCUGGGAUUGACUAGUCUUACAACGGCGGAACAUGUUACGCAAGCUGCUUACGAAGCGACAGGGUUUCAAAUCCAUGAGAUUUUGGACGCAUUUAAAAAGGAUACACCCACAUGGAAUCGUAAAAGCACCAAAGAGCGCUUGAUACUUGGUGGCGACUAUGCGGAAAACAACGCUUUCGUGCAAUUCAUUGCAGACAUUGUAGGAUGUUUGCUGGAAAAGCCACAGACAACAUCACCGGCAGGAUUAGGCACCAUGAUAUGCGCUGGUAUUACCAUGAAAGUGGUAUCUUUGUUGCAGGCAGAAGUGAUGUACCCACCACCAGUGGACGCAUUUAGCCCAACAACGACUGCAAAUCGGCGCGAACAACUUUACAAACGGUGGAACUAUGCAGUGCAAAAAUGUUUAAAUUGGAAUAAUUUCGCCACCUACGAGGAAGAUUUGGAACUGUUCGCGCAACGUGACAGUGAUCCCAAUCUUCCUAUACGUCGCUCGCUACCUGGUAGCAUAUAUAUAACAAGUUCAUUUUUGCUCUUGCUCGUAGCAAAUUUUUUGCAUGGCCGCAAUAUUGUAUAAACACAUAAUGUGCAUCAGAUUCGAAAGUGCUUGAUUGGUUUAAUAUACUCCUAUGAUUAGUAGUUUGUAAUAGGAUUAUUAGAUUAGUUAUUUAUAAAUUUAAUUGUAGUUAAAUUUUUAUUUAUUUUAAUGUCUAAUUUGUACUUGUCUCAACGUACAAAAAGUUUAGUGUGCGUGUAUCUAGUCAUGCCAUUUGCUGAAUACGCUUCUUUUUAAUCCACAACUCUAGCAGUUUGUGUGAUAUUUUGCACGAUUAAGAGUGGUUGAACACUGCAUAGUUUGCAUUUAUUUCCAUUAUCUAUUAUUGUGAUUUGUGAAAUUACAUUUGUAAUGCCAUGAAGAUUUCAUAAGUUUAUAUCUUGCUAAGUAAAAACGACAUCUAUGGUUUAAAAAAGUAGAAAAAUCUUAUAUAAAUUAUCAUCUAAGGCUUAUGUUAACUAAGUUUUUAAUUUAUUACAUAUUGUAAUAUUUCAUAUGAACUGAGAAAAGCCUUUAAUUCGGUUGGGAAUGUAUUUAAUAAAAUUGU